AUGAAGAUUGCAAGCGACUACAAGCAAUUAACGCACAAGUACGAGCAGAGUAGUGUCCAUCGUAAAAGACAAAUGGCCGUUGUCGCUGAACGUCAGCAGCUGUCGCCCCGACCUGCCACACCUCGGCCUCCACUCCCUCUGCGCCGUCGUCGCAGCGCCGCCUCCGCCCUGCGGUGCCAACUGACGACGACGACGACGCGAGCAUGUCCGGGCAACUUGUUCCAAGUAGCUCAGCCUGAGAAGCGCGCGCGGACGGGGGUUAUCGAACGGCGGCUGGCUGGAGGCGCCCCGUGGGGUGGGGUGGGGGCGGUGGCGAAGGCUUUGGUUACGGCGCCCAGGGCAGCAGGGCGUAAGCGGUGGCGAGCUGGUCGGCCGACGCGGUCGCCUCCGGUUGCUUUGGACGAGCAGGUUCUGGGUUCAAAGCAAUGGGUCCUCAGAAGGGUGAACUGA